GUUGGUUGAAUAUUGACAAUGAGAUUCUUAAGCCAGAGUUCGACCUUGGGUCAGCACAGUGCUCCAGUGACCCAACAGAACAAGGACUUUUGAAGUUUGCUGUCCCCAUACGAUCAUGUGCUGAGUUACGAAAUUUGUGGCCUAAGAUGCUUGAAAUCCCGUUCAAUUCCAACACCAAAUUCCAGUUAUCUAUUCACAGGAAUGAAGACAGAGCAAAGCCGCCUGUACUGAUGAUGAAGGGAGCACCAGAGCGAGUGUUUGAUAAAUGCAGACACUUGAUGGUCAACGGAAAGCGUCGACCACUGGAUGAAGAUCUAAGAGAAGGCUUUGCAUAUGCCACUAUAACUAUGGCCCAAGCUGGAGAGCGUGUUCUUGGGUUUGCUGUCCGUGACCUUGAUGGAUUUCCAGCAGAUUUUGAGUUCUCGUCACAUCCGGAGCCAAACUUUCCAGUGGAGAACUUGACGUUCGUUGGGUUAAUAUCUUUGAUUGAUCCACCAAGGGAGGGUGUGGCAGAGGCAGUUAGGGUAUGCCAGCGAGCCGGUAUCAAGGUGUUCAUGGUAACAGGAGAUCAUCCUGUAACCGCUGAAGCCAUUGCAAAAAAGGUUGGAAUUCUGGAAAACGAAAAAAUUGAAGAUGGAAAGGCGACGACAAUUACGGGGGAUAACAUACGGUCAUGGUUAGACAUGGAUGAAGAAGCCCAGAUAAAGAAAUGGGAUACUGCACUCUCUCAUGAACAGAUUAUCUUUGCCCGUGUGUCGCCUGCCCACAAGCUUCUUAUUGUUGAGCAUUGUCAGAGACUUGGGCAUAUUGUCGCCGUGACUGGAGAUGGUGUUAAUGAUGCUCCUGCUCUGAAGAAGGCAGAUGUAGGGGUCGCAAUGGGAAAAACAGGGAGGGACCUAUCAAGAGAUGCAGCGGACCUGAUCCUCAUGGAUGACAAUUUUGCAUCUAUUGUGGCGGGUGUGGAGCGCGGAAGGGUGAUAUUUGACAACCUGAAGAAGACAAUUAGCUACACCCUCACCAUGAGCUUUCCCCAGCUAAUCCCUUUCCUUCUUCACGUGCUGCUCAACUUUCCACAGGCACUUCCUACUGUUCUGAUGCUUGUCCUCUGCCUGGGAACAGAUCUGUAUCCUGCAAUCGCCCUUGCUUAUGAGGAGGGGGAGGAAGGUAUCAUGAAACGCCCUCCAAGAAAUGCAAAGACGGGUAAACUUGUGACUUGGAGACUGCUUAGUCAUGCGUACCUGCAGAUUGCUGUGCUAGAGACAUUGGCUGGCCUGUUCGCCUACUUUGUUAUCUUCGGUGACUAUGGCUAUCCACGACAUAUUCUCUAUAGGAUAGGUGAAGGCUGGGAGCACAGUUCUGUGCUGUGCACUACCGAUUCGAACAACAUCCCCAAGGAAUGUGGCUUUGGUUGCAACACGCCAAAUUACAAGAUGGGUCUGCCUACCCCUGUAAAGUACUGUGAGCACGGGUGCAAAAUCCCUAUGCCGGGCGAGCCUCUUGAUCCCUUCAGUGAGUUUGACUACAAUGGCUUCCGCGGCAAGGAGUUUUGCAGUUUAACCUGCCUUAGUUUUCCCUUGGAUCAGAGGCCAGCUGUCUGUGGCAAUUUGUCAGAUCCAGAAAGUGAAAAGGGGCUGGGGGGUCGUCACAUUAGCGUUGCAGCACUGCGGAAGGCGGCAGGCGGUCGUACGACCCAACGGUGUACAGCCACCUGCCGUCCCAUGAGAUUCCGUUGCCUCCGAGUGACGACGACAGUGACGACACCCGAUCCUCAACGGUUCCUGGGAAGCGGUUCGACGCAGGAUUGGAUGGGGAGCCAGCUGUACAGACAGUCAUCAACGCCGACGUACACUGAUCUGCUGGAGGGGCGGACCCCGGUUGGUUAUGACGCAGGACUCGUAGAUCUCAGCUUCGGUUUGAGGUUUGGGAGUGCAGAGGACGUCACGCACACCAUUCUCGUGAACCCAACUUCUAGCACCAACCACGCACCGCCUUCAGUGGGGUCGUCGGGCCUUCCUGAUACCCGCGCCUGGUGUUCUGGUCAGUCGGGCGACGAACGUGGAGUCCUUUCGCGAAGGCGGGGGGCAGUGGGCACAGCAGGUGUGGCGGCGUCGAGGACGAGGACAGGUGGAUCGACGACGCCAGCCGGUAGAAUCAACGGACGAGGGGACGAUGAUGAGGGCUCUGCUGCGGAGGUCGUGGGACGAAAGGUUUGGGAUGAUCAUCGGCGACAAUCGCGUCAAUCGAGCACGCCCGCCAUAACGAGAGGGGUGGCGAACAUUAAUGUGAGGGUGGACGAUAUAUUCGGCGACUGCGAUGGUGCAGGGGGCGAAGAUUGCGCGGCAGGCGACGGGAGUAAUGACAACGACGAGGACGACGACGGGGAGAUGGAGAUUCGUCCGAUAGGGAGGAAGCGGGGAGGGUCAAGGGCCACAAACAAGUGUACAGAACCGCGCGCGGGGCGGAGAGGCAAGAAGGGUGCGGGAGAUACGUCGGUAGCCGAGUUCAAAACCGUGCACAAGUUCAUGGGAGAAUCGGGGAAGCCAAAUUUCUUCACACUCACGCCGGGGGAGAGGAAGGAGCGGGGGUUUGAUUUUCGGAUGGAUGAGCGUGUGUAUUCGGAGAUGAAGGCCAUGUCCAGGUGCGAUCACACUAUACACCCCACGAAUCUCACGGACACGGGUGUGGCCGAAGGUGUUCAAAUGCCCUGUCCACGUGGAGGUCGAAAUGAAUCCGGCGGUAGCGAGGGAUGUGGGGGUGGCCAGGACGACGAUCAGGGAUCGACGAGGGAUUCAACGUUCAGCGGUGUUGGUGGUGGCGGGGGCGACAAACGGAAGAAUGUAAGACAGCAGACCUUCGACACGAUUGCGGACGUCAUGAAGGACCACGGGAAUCUGAUGGCGACGACGGUGGACAGCGCGAGCAAGAGGCAGUGCUCAAUUCUGACGAGGCAAUGCGACAUUCUCGAGCGAGAGCUAGAAGUGCAGAAGGAACACUACGUGAAGGUCGACCAGGCGAACUUCAUGAUGUGCAACGCCCUUCUGGAGAUUGCUAAAGCGAUCCUGUUGCCGCUCCAGCCACAUGCACCAGCUAUACCUCUCACAGACCCCGAUGAUAGGACAAGGCCCCAUGAGAUGACCUUUCCCAAUGUAAAGUACCAACAUCAUGUCAAUUAUUUUGCAAGCACCGGAUACUUUGUAGCCAUCAUUGUAGCUCAGUUUGCUGAUCUCAUGAUUUGCAAGACUCGAAAACUGUCAAUAUUCGGCGUGGGCCUCAACAAAUUCGACUACAUUGGUCUCGCAAUUGCGUUGCUCAUUGCCUUGCUUCUGGCAUAUGUGCCUCCGCUUCAGUACACAUUCUUGACAAGGCCUCUUUUCCCGUACCAUUGGCUACUGGGACUCCCUCUCGCAUUCCUUAUCUUCUGGUACGGGGAGCUGAGGAAACUUUGCAUCCGAAGAUCACAAGGUGGGUACAUCGAACGAGUUCUAUUCUGGUGAUAUGCGGACAAGUCCGGCAGGAGGGAUGUCAAUUGAAGAGUGUGAAGGCUUGUGCUCCACCGACUUACUUGAAUGAUUUCACAAGAGGAAAUCAGGGCUCCACAGCACACAACAAGUUUUCCUUUCCCGAAGUGGUGGACAUGGCAUCUAGAAGACUCGGGUCGCCGCAAUAAGAACACCCCUGAGCGCACGUCCGGAACUAGUCGGGUCGGGCUACUGCCCAUUAGGUUUAGUAACGUUCUGACAAUAAUGGCCACGGAUAGGAUGAUCCGAGUUCUGUGAUGUUUUCUAAGAUAAG